CAUCAACCUUCUCCCCCAUCUAGCUUGUUCAUCAGCAAUCCACCCACAUCAAGAUCUCCAAUAUUCCACACCAAACCCUAUCUAUCUACCAGUCCAUCCGGUACACACCUCUCUCUUCUUCCUUCCCUGACCCCCAUCGAUCGUUCCAUGGCGUCCACCACCAGCGACAGCCUCCCCUCCUCGCCUUCCCUCCCCGGCACCGGCACCGGCACCGACCAAGAAUUCUCGUCCAUCGACCACCACAGCCUCUUCCUUCCGUCCUCCUCCUCGCCCGCCAGCUUAUACCUUGAUCACGAUUCCUCUUCCUUCCACGGCUUCUUCCCCACCUCCUCCCCCACCCACAUGCCACCAACGCCGGCACCGGCUCCUCCACCUCACCCGCCGGCGGCCUCAAAGCCGCCCAAAAAGCGCCCUAGAGCAUCCCGCCGUCCCCCCACCACUGUGCUCACCACCGACACUUCCAACUUCCGCGCCAUGGUUCAAGAGUUCACCGGCUUCCCGGCUCCACCCUUCGCCGCCGGGCCGCCCCCGUCCGUCCGCCCUCGCCUGCUCGGAGGCGCCUCCGCCUACGGCCCAUCACCCUUCCUGCUGCGACCGUCUCCUCUCAAGUAUCCGCAGCACAACCCUGCACUGCUGCCCUCCAUGGCCACUUGCACCACCACCGCUACCCUAGCUAACGACGCUACUACCAGCGGCGCUGCCAACUCUCUCAUGGACGCGCUCGCGCUGUUCGCAAGGAGCAACGCGAUGCCAAGCGCCGCCGCUGCCGCUGCUACGACGGCCAGCGGAUCAGGUACUGCUGAUCAGUACGGCAGCGGCCACCACGGCCACGCCAUGGGAGGUUUCAACUUCAACCCGUUUGACGACUUCGAGGCUGCGACGGCGGAUGGCGAGAAGGCGGCGAGCGGCGGCCAUGCUGGGUUCUUCUCUUCCUUGGGCGGCGCCGGAGAUAAGUACGACCGGCACUAGCUGUAGCUAGUACGUAGCGUACGUACCUCUCUUUCUCUCUGCGUACGUGUGAGCGAGCUGAUCGAUCGACUAGUCUGCCUUCUGUGAUCUGGAUGGAGAUUAAGAUGGAGGAGCAACUAGCUAAGUGUGGCUAGCUUCUACUACUUGGCCACUACUACUAUUGGCAUUUGGCAGGCUGCUUACUUGUGACACAAAAAAGUGAGUUUUAAUUCCUUGUUUUUUGUAUGAUGCGUGCACAUAAAUUUGGGUAAUCUUUUUGAAGUCUCAGAUCUC